UCUCCUCUAUAUCACCUCCACCAGCAUGAAGCUCCUGCUCACGCUGCUGUGUGUAGCGGCUCUCCUGACCCCAGCAGCUCCGCAGAACAGCACUACAAUGAGUACUAACCUGACCAGCUCUUCACCUGCUGCCAGCCUGAUCAGCUCUUCACCUGCUGCCAGCCUGAUCAGCUCUUCACCUGCUGCCAGCCUGACCAGCUCUUCAACUGCUGCCAGCCUGACCAGCUCUAACUGGACUUCAAGCACCACUAGAGGAGGCAGCGUGAGGCUCAGCGCGUCAGGCUCCGCCCUCUUUCUGCCUCAACUCUUCAUUUCCCUCAGGAUGAUGAUGUGAUAUUUCUGAAAUAUCACAAAGGCAGAUCUUCAGCGUCUUCAUGUGUCUCUCAGUCUGUAUGAUGCGGGAGGUUUAGAGGGUCGGUUGGCCCAAUUUUCACUCUCCACCAUAAAUCCCAGAUAUUUACAUUUACAGCAUUUGGCAGAUGCUCUUAUCCAGAGCGACUUACAGUUUGAUUGUUUUUACACUGGCAGGCGAAGGCAGUGUUGGGAGUCUAGUGUAGGGUCCUCGCCCAGGCGGGCACUGAACCCCAGUCUAAAGCAUAGAUGCCAGAGGUGUUACAAACUACACUACACCAACCACAUAAACAUAAUACAUGACAUAACACACACUAAGACAACACAACCAGCAGAUCAUGAAAAGUGAAUAUUUUAGGUAAAACACACUUUCUCUAAACUCUUUCACUAACGUGGGGUUGGUCGGCACAUUAUGAAGACCACUGGUACAACAUUAAAGACUGAAAUUUCAAAUAGCAGCAAACAAAAAUAAUCAGAAGUUUUAAUUUUAACCAUUCAGUCACAGCCAAAAAUGUAAAGAAUGCUUUAUU